GCUGAUCUCGUAAUAAGAAUUUCGGUGCCCACAGCUAUUACAUUAUAUAGUGCUCAGUACUGCACUUCUUUUCUCAUUGCUCAAGCCGCUAUGGACCCGGCGACUGCGUUUGCGCUGGCGGCGAGCAUUCUGCAAGUCGUGGACUUCUCCAAAAAUGUGUUGUCAACAGGCUAUCAGCUGUACCAAAAUGGCUCCACGCUUUCCAAUUCCGACUUUAUGUUUGUCGCCGAUGACCUGAGUACAUUGAACGACAAGAUCAAAACAUUUGCGCGCCCAGACCUGUCAGUAUCGGGCCCACUUGCGGCUGAGAACCAGGCACUGGAAAAUCUCGCUUCCGAACUCCAGAAGAUUGUUGAUGAGCUGAUCAUUAUUCUACUUCGUAUCCGCAACAAAGGGGAAAGAACGGUAUUUCGAAGCUUCAGGCAAGCAAUCGUCACUAUUUGGAACAAGAGCAAAAUCGAAGAAACAGUCAAACGCAUGGACAGUAUUCGAGAAGAGGUUCAAUUUCACCUCAUCGUCUCCAUGAUAGAAAAAGUUGACAGAGUUGAAGUGAAGGCGGACGCAUCCUUACAGUCUCUUGACAAUGCGACCAAGUCUAUUGUCGAGUCGAUUCUUCAAGGGAAAGUGGAUCUGGCUGAUAUUCUUGCGACUCAAACAUCGAGGUUUAUGGAACGAGAGGACGCCAGAGAAGCUGCAGCAAUUGAGAGGCACAACGACAUCUCGGCCAAGCUCGAUCAGUUAACACAACAACCAGUUGUGGAACUUAGACCUCAAGGUGCCGUUGGCAAAGAAAUAGAAAAAGACAUUCUUCGCAACAUUAAGCUUUAUCUGAGCUUUUCCAUACAAGAAGACCGGUACGACACAAUUAAAACCGCGCACGAGACGACAUUUGAAUGGAUUUUCGAUGGUUCUAACAAAAGAGACGCUCCAUGGGAUAAUCUCAACGAUUGGCUGCGCAGUAACUCAAGCCUCUAUUGGAUAUCUGGCAAGGCGGGCUCGGGUAAAUCGACACUGGUGAAGUUCUUAGCAGAAGACAAUAGAUUCAGAGCAGCUCUUGAGCUUUGGGCUGGCGAAAUACCACUUAUAAUCGCUUCGUACUAUUUCUGGAAUUCAGGAGAGAACCUGCAGAAAUCCCAAGAGGGUCUUCUCCGCACUCUCUUGCUCAAAGUAGUGGAGCAGCAACCUUCGCUGGCGCCCGUGCUCUUCCCGGACCGUUACGAGGAGCCAAAAAUCAAUUGGAGGGGUUCACCGACGCUUCCUCAGCUUCGUCGUGCACUUGGGAAGUUGAUGACCCAGACAGUCGGUGUGGCGAACGUGAUUUUGGUUGUAGAUGGCUUAGAUGAGUUUGAUCCUACCGAUGCGUCAUACGUAGAUCUUGCCGACAUGUUCAUCACAGCCUCACAAUCUCCGAAUAUCAAGGUCUUACUUUCAAGCAGACCUCUGUCGGCAUUUGAAGCAUCUUUCGCGGACUACCCCAAGCUGCGUCUCCACGAGUUAACCAGAAUCGACAUCGAGACAUUUGUCAACGACCGACUCAGACGCCAUAGAAGAAUUGCGGACCUGUCGGAGGAAGAUGCUCGUGGCGUUGAAGCGCUUAUCUCAGAGAUUGUGUCCGCUUCUUCCGGGGUAUUCUUUUGGGUCAAACUCGCAGUAGACUUGCUACUUGAAGGUUUCCGAAAUUUCGACACACUCGAGGAUCUGCAUUACAAGCUCAAGACAAUACCUCGCGACCUCGAC